GUGCUUUUAACUGCAUUUUUCUUCAUUUUUCCUGAUGUGUAUUAAGUAGUUACUCGACCCAGAGUUUGGAGCAGCCCGGGAUUAAACAAAUGAAGGGCGCUGGCCCGGCCUCCGGAUCCGUCGAAAGGUGCCAUUGGAGGAUCAUGGGGCCGAGUUCUCGGCUGAGCCAACUGCCUCUCGGUACCUUCCAUGGUUUAACCAGAAGUGGACAAUUCCACGAUGAAGUCCGUUCCUAUAAAUGGGAAUUCCUUUCCGGGGAGGGAUGGCAAGCUCCCUCGCCGAGGCCGAGCACCGAGUCACAUUUUCGAGAUGGGCGCAGGCGUGUGUGGGGAAUGUGCACUGAAAGGGCACGCAAGCGAAAGAAUUCCUGGCUCUCUUGACUCCGGUUCCGGGUCAGCAGUUUCGGGGUUGAGAAUGUUCAGAAUUUACAUCGGAGCUCUCGCAGGGUUCGAGCUUGGAGAGCUAUUGCACCCGAGCCGGCAGAGAGUGCCGACGGCUAGAGGGCCAGACAUGGAAAGCCUGGCCUGGCACCCCAUGGACAAAAAAAAGCCGGAACCCAAGUGCAGGUUGAGAGUUGAUAGUCCAGAUGCCAAGGUAGAGGUCGCUCGACGAGUGGAAACGAAAGCUAUCAGGAGGCCCAAAGAAACUGCAUUUACUCUCUUCAAAAAAAAAUUUUUAAUCGUUUUGUUUUAUUUGAUCAUUUCGCCCGAUUUCUAUUAUUUGAUUAUUUUCACUUGUUUUCGACUUCCCGUAUGAAGUACACAGAAGAGUUCGGCUUUUUUUUGGCAUUCGCCUGUUGUGUGAAGCCGGGCACACCCGCGCACGACUCUUUGCGCUGGCAUUUUGUGGAGCAAGAUGGUACUGGCCCGAUGUGGGAAGCGGGUCGUUCGAUGCACCGUUAGGCAAGGUAGCCAAUGAUGUCACAUGCCGAUCCUUUCGCACUCAAACUCUCCCUUGCAAGUCGGCCAGAGUCCAGAGCUCGGGAGAUUGAGGGAUGUGCUCAGAUAAGCUUGGAGCAUGUCGUCGGGACGAGAGGGGUAAUCACGUCUCCAUUACGAAACGGCGGGGAUCUGGGUGGUGGUGGUGGUGAUGGUGUUGGUGAUGGUGGUGGUUGAAAGAAGGUCUGGACAUCGGGCCUCGACCAUCAUCAUACACAGUAUAUCUAUCUGUGGCUGAGUCGUUCCAUGCCGCUGCCUCGCAGACUCCAGGAAGCAAAGC